AUGUGUCCAAUCGCAGGUCACAUGUAUUCCUGUCCUGAAGUUUUGGUGGAAUCUCUUGAGAGUGAUUGCACACAAUAUAUUAAGAAGGUUCAAAGAAAUCACACGAAAAUUAGAGAAAAUAUUACAAAGUUCGAAUUUAACUCUCUAGCUGGUCAAAUUGUAGCAAUGUCAAAAAUAAUUUCCGAUUCUGAAUGUUAUAAAAUUAUAUCGAAUUUCUUAAAAAUCUCAGCACAGAAAACAAUUUUAAUUCAUAAUUAUGAAGUUAAACAAAAAGUUGGUGAAGUUGUAGGAUUUAUGGGGGAAUACUAUGGCUUAAAAAUAUGCUAUUCUAUUAACAACAAUGAAUCACAGACGGAAAAUUUCUUUUUAAAAGUUGUACCGGUAACAAAUCCUCUUCAUAAAAAAGAAAUUGAAGAAAAAGGUUUCUUUGAAAAAGAAAUUGGAAUUUAUACAAAAAUUUUAAAGGAAUUGGAACCAUAUUGUGAUGAAAAAUGUUUUGCCAAUUGUGUUUACACCCGACCUGAUAUGAUGGUAUUCGAAGAUUUAACAACAAAAAAUUAUUACAAUCUCAAAAAAAAUGAAAUGUUGACAAUGGAACAUUUUAAAGUAACGUUAAAAAGUCAAGCAACAUUACAUGUAAGUGGUAUGAUUUAUGAGUACAACACAGGAGUAAAUAUUGGUGAAAAAUAUGAAAAAUAUCUACAUGAAAUUCAAGUUAACAUUAAUAAUACUUGGUAUGCCGCUGGUUUAAAGGGAAUAGUAGCAAUUGCAAAAAUCCAUCCAAAAUAUCAAAACAAAAACUAUCAAGAAUUUUUCCAAUCCGAACUAAUAAAUUAUUUAUUGAAGGCUGAAGAAAAAGUUAAAAUUUCAAAAAAAUAUCGUAAUGUUUUCUGUCAUCGUGAUUCAUGGGACAAGAAUUUAUUAUUUAAAUAUGAUAAAAAUGGUUUACCUAUAGGCUGUACCUUUGUUGAUUUUCAAUUAACUAGAUAUAUUCCACCAGCGAUGGAUGUCCUUUUCUUUAUCUAUAUGAACACAAAUACAAAGGAACGUGAAAAUAUAUUAGAAGAAUUAUUAUUAUUUUAUUUUAAUAAUUUACAAGAUAAAAUUUCUAAAAAUAAUAUAUCGGAUAAAAAUGUGAUCACAUGGAAAGAAUUUUGUGAUAGUUGUCAAGAAAUGAAAUUAGUUGUUUUAAUAUUGUGUGCAAUGUGUUUUCCUUUAACAAAAUUACCUGAAGGAUGGGCCGAUAAUAUGAAACAAAAUCAACAAGAUAAAUUCAGUUAUUAUAUGACAGUUAAUCGUGAUGAAAUGUUGCUCAAUCUAAUGAAAGAACAUGAAUAUUAUAAAAAUGUACUGUUUGAAGUUCAUGAAGAGUUAAUCCACUACAUUUGGAAGGACAUUAAUGGAAAAUAUUUAUUGUUGUCUUCAAAUGAUGUUAGAGGUUAUCUUGGUGAAUAUUAUAAUUUAAGAAUAUCUAUUAAAAAAGUUAGUAUUUAUGCAACUUGUAAUUGGCAUCCAAAAUGUUAUUAUACAAGACCUGAUCUUCUUGUUUUUGAAAAUUUAACUCAUUUUGGAUUUCGUAACCUUGAUGAUAAUGAACAAAUAACUGAACAACAUUUACAAGUAACACUAAAAUGUAUGGCACAAAUGCAUUGUAGCAGUAUUGUUUUUGAAAAGAAAACUGGAUUAUGCAUUGGAGAAAAAUAUAAAUCUAAUUUAUUUGAAAUAAGUUUAAAUGAUACGACUGGUUGGUUUCGUGCUGGUCUAAUGGCAGUGCGAGCAGCAGCGAAAAAAAUUCCAAAAUAUCAAAAUGAAAAUAUAAACGAAAUAACUCCAGAUCCAGACAAUUAUGAAUUUCUUGAAAAUUUUUAUAAGAUCAUGGAAGUUCUAACUCCAUUGGAAAGUACAACUUUAACUAAAUUAGAUGUACAAAAAUGUUGUCAAAGAUUUUUCAUGGAUAAUUUGGAUGAUAAUAUUCGAGUAAUCACAUAUGAGAAAACAAAUAUUGGAAAUGAACCAAGUGGAUUUUUAGGUGAUCAUCAAUUUUUACAUGUUAUUGUGGAACGAUCAUCAUCAACUGGAGUCGUAAAACACAAGUUAAAAUUUUUUCUAAAAUGUGUUCCGGAAGCUGUACUUUCCCAUAAGGAAUAUAUUGAAGAACUUGGAGUAUUUCAAAAGGAAGUUCAUGUUUAUACACAAAUAAUUCCAAGAUUAACAAGUAUUAAUGUUUCACUUGGAAAUUUUUCUCCAAAAUGUUUUUUUGCUAAACAUAAUAUGUUAGUUUUUGAAAAUUUAGCUGAUCAAGGAUUUCAAAUGGCUUCCGAACGUAAUGGUAUUUUAGAUUAUGAACAUUUACUUGCAGUUAUGAAAGUGCUUGCAAAUUUUCAUUCAGCCUCCCUUAUUCUUGAAAAUCGUAUUGGAAAGCCAAUUAAUGAUAUAUUUCAUGAUUCAUUACCAGAAAACGCUUAUCCAACUGAUACAAAAGGAUCAAGAUAUGCAUAUGUAAUGAAAUCGAUAGCAACUCUUACAGAAAUACUUGAAGCAAUACCAAAAUAUAAAAAUUCUAUGAAAUGGAAUUAUAUAAAAAAUGAAUUCCCAAAACAAUUAAAAAAAAUUUUUGAGUUUGCGAAGAUAUCAAAAGAAUUUCGAAAUGUUAUCAAUCAUGGAGAUUUAUGGGCAAAUAAUGUUAUGUUUCGCUAUGAAAUAGAUCAAAUAACACAAAAACAACAAAUUGUAGAUUGUAGAAUGGUUGACUUUCAAUUGGCGAGAUUUGCCCCACCAAUGCUUGACGUUAUUACGGUACUUACAAUUCCAACAAGCCGUAAAUUUCGAGAAGACAAUUUGGAAAAACUUGUUAAAAAAUAUUAUGGAUUCUUAGAAAACAAUUUAUUUCAACAUGAAAUGAAUUUAAAUGGAAUUCUUCCAUUAGAAGAAUUCAUGAAAAGUUUGGAUUAUUAUCGCCUAGCUGGAUUAAUUGAAAGUUGUUUAUUUUCUCAUUUAACCAUUUUACCAACAGAUCUCACUACAAGUUUCCUUAAUAAUUCCACAGAAUUUGCAGAAUUCCUGAAAAAUAGACGGGGAGAGCUUUGCUUACUUGCCUUUAACAAAGAUAAAAUUUAUAGAGAAAGAUUAACUGAUAUGAUAUCCGAGUUAGUUGAUAAUUAUAUCCUAAAUUAAGUAAGCUUGAUACUCCAAAAAUAAAAUUUCCAUAUAAAUUUCCUAUUGUUCAGAAUAAAAUUUGGACUAAUAAAAUAAUGAAAUAUGUAUGUGUAUAUAACAAUGAGAAAACAAACAGGUGUUUUAAGUAUAAAAUAAUACGAAAAUUAUUAUCAAGAAAAAUUCAUCUCUUAAUUAUAUUUAAUGUGAUUUAAAUUCUUGUUUUUGUAAUUUUAUCCAAAAUUACUGUAUGCUAUCCAUUUUCAGGAUACGCUUACAAAAUAUUGUCAUUAUUAAUAUAAAGUAACAUGUGAAAAAUAUUAUAAUUUGGAAAAUAAAAUAUUUUUUAACCCAUGAAACAAUUUUUGAGUAAUUUCAGUUUUUUAAAUGUAAUUUCAAUUUAGUUGUUAAUAUUCGGAGCAUUUCUUA